AUGACAGCGGCCGGGAAAGAUGUCGCGAAAUUUCUAAAGAGCACACUACGCCUACCGUCGACCAGCUUUCCACCAAGAGCCAAACCGGCCGAUAUUGCCAAAUAUCUUCCAAGAUGCACCGAUGACCUGUACGCCUGGCAGCGGCAGCACCGACCUGCCAAUGCCACAAAUACACCAGACAGCACGAACAACUCGAACAGCACAUUCGUCCUGCACGACGGGCCACCCUACGCCAAUGGCGAGCUCCACGUUGGCCACGCGCUGAACAAAAUCAUCAAAGACAUCAUCUGCCGGUCGCGGCUGGCGGAGGGAAAAAGAAUCGACUAUGUUCCCGGCUGGGACUGCCACGGACUUCCCAUAGAGCUGAAGGCGCUGGAACAACAUGGAUGGGAACGCGGACUCGGCCAGGGCGUCGACCCCGUGGCGAUCCGCAAGGCGGCGCGCAAGUUCGCAUACAAGACGGUCGAGAAGCAGAUGGCGGGCUUUCGGUCCUGGGCCGUCAUGGCCGACUGGCAAAACCACUGGAAGACGAUGGACAAGAGCUUUGAAUUGCGUCAGUUGGCCGUGUUCCAGUCCAUGGCGCAGCAUGGACUGAUUUAUCGCAAGAAUAAACCUGUCUACUGGUCCCCUUCAUCGGGCACCGCUUUGGCAGAGGCCGAGCUCGAGUAUCGGGAUGACCAUGUCUCGAAUGCGGCGUUGGUCAAGUUUCCACUCCUAGAACAUGAUAUACUACCGGCACAUGAAGAACCGAUCCACGCUUUGAUAUGGACAACUACGCCCUGGACACUCCCUGCAAAUCAAGCUAUUGCUAUCCAUUCCUCCUUGCAAUACAGCCUUGUCAAGUCUGCCACUCAUGGCCUCUUAAUUGUGGCGUAUGCCAGAAUACCGUAUCUGGAGGAGACAAUUGGUGAACAAAUCCAAAUGUUGGUCGAGGCCAUUCCCACCGACAAGCUUUUACAGAGUACUUAUUCUGGCAUGAGCGAAUUUGGGCCCGGAGCGGCAAACAGGCCCAUCAUCCAUGCGGAUUUUGUGUCUGCACAAAGUGGUACAGGUCUCGUCCAUUGUGCUCCGGGUCAUGGUAUGGAGGACUACGAAGCUCUCCAGCCUCUGAUACAGACUUCCAGAGUGGCCGUUAGAGCGCCGGUCGACAAUCUCGGUCGCUUUGAUAACACUGCAUCUCUUACAGAUCCCAACAUUCUGGCCGGGAAAUAUGCUUUCAAGGAAGGAAACCAGGCUGUUCUGGAUCUUUUGCAGAGACAUGGCCUUCUGGUUCAUCGACAUGAAUAUAGACACAAAUACCCAAUUGAUUGGCGGACCAAGGAGCCUGUCAUGAUCCGUGCAACGGCGCAAUGGUUUGCUGACAUUUCAAGAAUCAGGAACGACACACUGCACGCCCUGGAGGCCGUUCACUUCCUCCCCGAGACAGGUAGAAGCCGUCUCCGCAGUUUCGUGGAGAACAGAAGUGAAUGGUGCAUUUCACGGCAGCGAGCUUGGGGCGUCCCUAUUCCUGCAAUCUACCACAAGGACACCGGGGAAGCCGUUUUGACGUCUGAAAGCGUCGGGCAUAUCAUAAAGGUGAUUGAACAGAGGGGAAUUGAUGCUUGGUGGUCGGACGCCCACGACGAUCCUGCUUGGAUACUUCCAGAGUUGGUGUCAUCAGGUUCUUCUGAAUAUGUUCGUGGCAUGGACACAAUGGACGUGUGGUUCGACAGCGGGACAAGCUGGACCUUUAUGCUUAAGGAUGUCAACGGCUCUAUCCAACCCAGAACUCAGUCGGCGCCGCUGGCUGAUGUUUAUGUUGAGGGAAGCGAUCAGCACAGAGGAUGGUUCCAAUCGAGUUUGCUUACCAAUGUCGCCUACCAGAAAACCUUGCAGCAGAAUGCUACCGCGUCAGACCCGGUAUCAUGCCAUGCGCCGUUCCGCGUCCUAGCCACCCAUGGCUUUACCUUGGAUGAGCAUGGCAAGAAGAUGAGCAAAUCCCUUGGGAAUACUAUCGCGCCUGAUCAGAUAAUAACGGGUAUUGAGGCAGCUUCGAAGACAUCGUCAGCUACUGCGAAGACGCCGCCGAAGACCAAGGGAAAGCGUGAGCACCAUCCGCUGGGCCCGGACGCAUUGAGAAUGUGGGUGGCCAGUAGUGAAUGGACAAAGGAUGUCGUCAUCAGCGAAGUGGUCAUCAGUUCUGUGCACAAUGCCCUGGACAAGUAUCGUCUUACCAUGAAAAUGCUCCUGGGGAUGUUGGGCGAUUUUGAUCCGCGGAUGCUCGUCCCUUAUGAGAAUAUGUCAUGCCUCGACCAAGUUGCAAUGCUGCACCUGUACAAGGUUUGCCAGUCUGUGCGAAAAGCGUAUUCGGACCUUGAGUUUCACAAGGCCGCUUCUGCCAUGAAUAAAUGGGUGGUGGCAGACUUGUCAAGCUUUUACUUUGAGGCGGUCAAGGACAUAAUUUAUUGCGACAAGCAGGAAAGCCCAAGGCGGCUGAGUGCUCAAACAGCACUUCACCAUAUCUUCUCUCAAUUCCAACACAUGCUUGGGCCGAUCGCACCACUGCUGGUCGAGGAAAGCUGGGAGCACAGCCCUGAGAGCUACAAGUCAGAGAUUGAGCACCCACUGAAGCUGGUUUGGGCCUACCCUCCAGAAGAAUGGUACCGUCAGGACUUGGAGCGGGCGUUGCCGACGAUUAUGGCCAUCAAUUCUGGUGUCAAGGCCGCUCAAGAAACGGCUCGUAAAGAGAAGCUUAUGGGCCAGUCGCUGGCAUCGGACGUCAAAGUCCAGCUCCGCCGAGGAGUUGAGCUGUCACUCAUCCCUAAGGACACUCUGAAGGAGAUCCUGGUGGUCUCGGAAGUCGACGUAACUUGGCCGGAAGUUGUUGAUAAGGCGGAGGAAGUUACCGCUGUUUCCGGCCGAGAAUGGGUGCGUUCGGCUGAUAUUGUAUCAGCAGAAGGGCAGAUCCUCGGAGUUGCUCAUGUCAUGAGUCCCCACGGGGACAAAUGUGCCCGUUGCUGGAAGUAUGUGGUUCAACCUGAAGAACUGCCAAAGGAGUCCGAGUCCAGCGACUCCGAAAAACUGCCGCUCUGUGGGCGGUGUCUGGAUGCUGUUGCGCAGUACCCAAAGUAG